GAGAGGGGGGAGGAGACUAAUAGUAGUAAUACCAAGUCAGACCUUGUGGAAUGAGGAUGAUCGAAUAGAAAGUUUGUCAGGAAUUUUCAAUCUGGGCUAGCUGGGUAUUCAGUGCUUUAAUAAGGUUCUGAGAUUAGCGAUGGCAGACGGGAUUUUAGCUAUAGGGGGAUUAGUAGCCUCUGCAGUGUCAUCAGCAACGUCAGCAGUGCAGGCUGUGGCCCAAGCAAAGCAAGUGUUCUGGGAUCCACCAAUGGAGAUAGACAAUCUCCCCAACAAUGUGGAGGAGAUUAUUGAUGAUUUAAACGAUGAAGUUCGGAAGCUCGGUUCCAAAAGUAAGGACUUUAAGAAUAAAAUACUAAAAAAUAAGACGAAGGCACCGUCGGAAACGUAUUUGGAAUGGGUCCGCACUGUGGAGGAGAUUGACAAACAAGUGAAGGAUUUACUAGACGAAUACGACAAACAAAGCAAAGAAAAGGAAUCUUGGUGGUUUACCUCGUCUCCGGAUUUCAGAGAAGAUUUUAAAAAGAUGUACAAGAAAGUAAAGAGUCUUGGAGAAGAAAGCAAUCAAAUCAAAGAUAAAAUGUUUGUUGAUCUGCUACCCGAACUUGUUGUGAACAAAGAGGGAAAAAAUAACAAUUUUGGGAUGCGUGGAAAGCAAAUUGAGAAGAUUCUGGACUUGCUGGAAAGUUCCAAGGCUAAGAAAAUAGGUAUCCUCGGGACCGUGGGGAUUGGGAAAACAACCAUGAUGCGCAGCUUGAAUAACCAUGAAAAAGUUACCAAAACUUUUGAAAUAGUCAUUUGGCUCGAUGUAUCACAAGAGAGGAGCAGGGAAAAUUUGAGCAGGGAGGAUCUCCUACAGGCCAUUGUGAGAAGACUGGAACUAAGUAUAGGAGGUUCUAGCAAUGCAGAUGAAAUUGCCAAAACAAUAUUAAUGGAGUUGCAGGACAAGAAUUUCUUGCUACUUUUGGAUGAUGUCAAGGAAUGUUUCAAUUUAAAAGAUAUUGGGAUUCCUGAGAACAACAAUGGAUGCAAGAUAGUACUGACUACUAGGUUGCGUCGUGUUUGUCGCUCAAUGGUUGACCAGAAAAUUAAGGUGACUUUUUUAUCAGAAGACGAGGCAUGGAAGAUGUUUCAAGAUGUUCUAAAAAGUCCUGAACUUCUUGAAGAUCCAAAUAUUCGGAAACUUGCAAGGAAAGUAUGCAAAGAAUGUAGCGGGGUUCCACUGUUGAUAAAAAAAGUAGCUAGUACAUUCAGAUCGAAAGAUUCCCUGCGCCAUUGGAGUGAUGGAUUAAAUAGUUGGAGGAUGUGGCCUGAAAAAGAAUGCGAAGGCAUUAGGGAAAUGUAUAAUAUGUUGAAAUUUUGUUAUGAUGACUUGGAUGAUGAGCGGCGUCAGAAAUGCUUUCUUUAUGGUGCAUUGUAUCCGGAAGGCAAUGUGAUCAACGUAGAUUAUUUGUUGGAGUGUUGGGCAGCUGAACAUCUCCUUGGCGAUGUGGAUAGCAUAACAAAGGAGUCGCUCGUCUGUGGGCAUCUUGUAUUGAGUUACCUUAAGUAUGUGUCAUUACUUGAAGAAGGUGAGAGUGAGAAUCAUGUUACAAUGCACAAAUUCAUCCGAAACUUGGCAUUAUAUAUAGCAGAAGGUGAUCCUCAUUGUAAAUACAUGGUGGAAACGAGCAAACGAUUAAGAGAGCCCCCAAAAGUGGAAUCUUGGAUCGGGAAGAAUAGAAUCUCAUUUGGUGACAAUAAAUUGGAGCAAUUACCGGCUUCCCCCGAUUGCAGUAUACUUUCCACACUCUUCCUACAGAAAAAUUCAAGCCUAAAGAUAAUCCCACAGUAUUUCUUUGAGCACAUGAUAAAACUUCGAGUUUUGGAUGUAUCUGAUACAGGAAUCGAGGAGUUGCCUUCAUCACUUUCAACCUUGAUCGGUCUCAAAGUCCUGUAUCUAAAUAACUGCAAAAAUUUGGUCGAGCUUCCUACUCCCAUUGUGGAAGCACUUAAGCUUCUUGAAGCACUUGAUAUUGUGGGGAGUGGAGUCAAUAACAUACCUUCCCAUAUUGAGAAGUUGACCCGGUUAAGGCGAUUGCGUGUAUCCUUCUCCAAGUCUGGAAAUGAAAAUUUCACUCAAGAGGUAAAUUUCAACUACAAGAUCAUUUCAAAGCUUUGUCUAUUGGAAGAAUUGGUCAUUGAUGUGAAAUCACCCGAAAUUUGGUCCAAUGAUGUCGUAGAGAACAUCAUCAAAGAAGUGGCUACGUUGAAAGAGUUUAGCUCUCUGAAGUUUUGCUUUUCCGAUAAGGUUGAAGAUGUUAUUGAGGUUUUUGGGUCUCAAAAUCUUCGAAUCCGUGUUCCUGAUGCCACAAUCCUUCUCAGUUUCAUUGAAAGGAGUUCAUGGAGAAAUGUCCAAGACAUCGAAAACUUUGAGUUCUACAUUGGUUCCAAAAGGUCAGAACACCCUCAACUCCCCAACUUUGACGAGUUUGAGAAGUAUGUGAAGUAUUGUGAAGUUGAAGGUAGAAACUUAUUGAUUCUCGAGGUCCUUGCCGAAGCUACUGCUUUUGAAUUAGUCGACAACAAAAACAUCAAGCAGCUAUCAGACGAAGAACUCGAAAGGAUGAACGGUAUCCAAAGUUGUCUAAUUGAAGGUUGUGAUGCAAUUGAAACCAUCGUGGGUACCUCGGGCAGGGUAGUACUACCAAGCUUAGAGCACUUGUUCAUAAAGAAUCUACCAAUGUUGGAAAGCAUUUUGAGGGGCUCACUCCAACCUGGAAGCCUAACCAAAUUAACGACUCUAGAACUGACCGGCUGCCAAACUUUGGUCAAGGUUUUUCCUCCCGACACCAUCCAAGAACUUCGUGAAAUCCAGUGCUUGAAAAUUGAGAAGUGCGGUGAAAUUGAAGAAAUAAUUCCAGAAUCUGAAGCUCGUGGAACUCUGUUGCCAAAAUUGAAGAAAAUGAUUCUCCUUGACAUGGAAAAACUAAGAAUCAUUUGUGCCUUUAAUGAGACGUUGAAGUGGCCAUCCUUGGAGAAGCUAGAGAUAUUCAAGUGUCCAGGUUUGCUGAAAUUGCCUUUCAACAUAUAUAAUGCAAAAAAUCUGGAACGUAUCGAUGCAGAGCAGGAUUGGUGGGGAAAAUUGCAGUUGCAGAAUGACGAGGACAAAGCACGGCUUCAUAAAUUAUCCAAGCUGAGAUCACGUGAUGAUCGACUCUGCUCUUCCAAGAAAAGACGGUACUUCUAGUAGCUUUUGACAAUUGGCGUCACUGGAUCGUUUCUACCCUCACGCUUUUGCCCAAAAUAAGUUGAAAGAUCUUGGUGGCAUGGAGUUUUUUACUUGUUUGGAUGUGGUCAUAGUAUGUGUUGAGUUAUUCCUUUGUGCUGUUGUAUUUCCUUCUCCGCUACAACAAUUUUACAUUUAUGUGCUUCUAAAUUCUAAUCAAUUUGUAUGGUGUACUAUGGGAUUUCCUUCUCUGCUGCAGCACUUUUACAUUUAUGUGCUUUGAAUGUAGAAGCUCAACUACUGUCUUCUAAACAAUUUGUAUGUGCUUUUAACAUGGUAGCUCAAUUACUGCUUAUAAACAA